AACCUGAGCUGGAACACUACGGAUGAUAACCUGCGCAAUGCGUUCUCCACGUACGGCCAAAUCCUCGACUCGAUCGUGAUGCGCGAUCGUGAUACCGGCCGCUCCCGUGGCUUCGGUUUCGUCACCUUCAGCUCUGGCUCUGAGGCCCAGAGCGCGAUCGCGAGCCUCAACGAGCAGGAGCUCGAUGGCCGCCGCAUCAAGGUCAACUUGGCCAAUGCCCGUGGCUCCGGUGGCGGAGGCGGAGGUGAGAUGAUUUUCACUUGGCGGUCAGACUUGCUCUCAUAG